GGGACUGGUUUCCUCCCUUAGCCCGCUGCCCUCAAUCCCGGCGAGGCUGGGGCUCGGGCUCGGCGUCCCCCUUCCUCGCGCCCGAUCCCGGCGCCCCAUGUCGCCCCCGUCCGGCCCCCGGCCCCCCCAGUCCCCUACUUAGGCUGGCACACAAAUCCCGGGGUGCUGGCGCGCGGGCCAGGGGCGCGCAGGGCGCCUGCAGACGGCCCCCUGGAAGGGCUCUGAGCGCACUGGAACCCCGGGCGCAGGGAAGAGCGGGAAGCGGGUCCGCGUGGGAGUUGGGGGGCACCAGUCACCCACUGGGGUGAUCCGGCUCCACAGCCAAGCAGCCAAAGGAGAGUCACCCCUGGGGGGUGAGCGACUUUGGGGGAGUUGGUGCCCCGCCCCCCAGGCCUUGGCGGGGUCAUGGGGGCCCCCCAUUCUGGGCCGGGGGGCGUGCAAGUCGGGGCCCUGCUGCUGCUGGGGUUUUUGGGGUUGGUGUCGGGUCUCAGCCUGGAGCCUGUCUACUGGAACUCGGCGAAUAAGAGGUUCCAGGCGGAGGGUGGUUAUGUGCUGUACCCUCAGAUUGGAGACAGGCUAGACCUGCUUUGUCCCCGGGCCCGGCCUCCUGGCCCCCACUCCUCUCCUAGUUAUGAGUUCUACAAGCUGUACCUGGUAGGGGGUGCCCAAGGCCGACGCUGUGAGGCACCCCCUGCCCCAAACCUCCUCCUUACUUGUGACCGGCCGGACCUGGAUCUCCGCUUCACCAUCAAAUUCCAGGAGUACAGCCCUAACCUCUGGGGCCACGAGUUCCGCUCGCACCAUGAUUACUACAUAAUUGCCACUUCAGAUGGGACUCGGGAAGGCCUGGAAAGCUUGCAGGGAGGUGUGUGCCUCACCAGAGGCAUGAAGGUGCUUCUCCGAGUGGGACAAAGUCCCCGAGGAGGGACUCUCCCCCGCAAACCUGUGUCUGAAGUGCCCAUGGAGAGAGACCGAGGGGCAGCCCACAGCCUGGACCCUGGGAAGGAGAGCAUGCCAGGUGACCCCACCAGCAAUGCAACCUCCAGGGGUGCUGAAGGCCCCCUGCCCCCUCCCAGCAUGCCCGCAGUGGCUGGGGCAGCUGGGGGGCUGGCGCUGCUCUUGCUGGGCGUGGCAGGGGCUGGGGGUGCCAUGUGUUGGCGGAGACGGCGGGCCAAGCCUUCGGAGAGUCGCCACCCUGGUCCUGGCUCCUUUGGGAGGGGAGGGUCUUUGGGUUUGGGGGGCGGUGGGGGGAUGGGAGCUCGGGAGGCUGAGCCUGGGGAGCUAGGGAUUGCUUUGCGGGGCAGUGGGGCAGCAGAUCCUCCCUUCUGCCCCCACUAUGAGAAGGUGAGUGGUGACUAUGGGCACCCUGUGUACAUCGUGCAGGAUGGGCCCCCCCAGAGCCCUCCGAACAUUUACUAUAAGGUAUGAGGGCUCUUCCCACCUGGUUCUCCUGAACCCAGCCCUCUGUGGGGGUGUCCUCUGGUGUAAUUCGUGGUGUGAGGACACCUCUGGCAUCUCCUCCGGCCCCUCUGCCCCGUCAAUUCCUUUGUUCCUCCUGGCUGUGGCCCUCGUCUAAACUUAUAGGCUCCCUUAAGACUUCCACUGUACCUUCUCUUGCUCUCCUGUUUGGCCGUGGGCACCCCUCUGUCUCUAUCCUAUGGGGAGGGGGCACAGGCUCAGCCUCCUCUUUGACCAUGGCCCAGCCCCCCUUGUUGCCCUCAACCACCCAGAGUAGGGAUGGGAACAGUCUGUCUUUUGGUUGACACCUCUGUCUUUUCUGCCUCUCACAGUUUUUCUCUUGUCUCUAUCUCUUAUUCUUUCUUUCUCUUUCUCUCUCUCCUGCUUCUAGGUCUGUUCUGUUCCUCUUCCCUAGCAUCCUCCUCCUUACAUCUCCUUUUGCCCUCUUGGCUUCUUAACCUGUGCCUCUCCUAUCUCCUGGGUGUGGCAUCAAAGCAUUCCCCCCCUCCCUUAGCUGUUGGCCUCUCCUUCUGACCUUUCAUAUCAACUGCUCCCCUUAGUCCACCCAAAAUGGGGGCCUUAUAGGGAAGACUGUGGCACUCCACCCCAGCUCAGGGUAUGGGCAGCAGGGCCUCCUUCUCUGCCCUGCCCCAGGCCUCUACGUACUUACUCCAGCCAUUUGGGGUGGUUGGGUCAUGACAGCUACCAUGGGAAGAAGUGUCCUGUUUUAUCCAGUGGCUGAUAGCAAGAUAUGAACCAGUGGGGACAUGAUGGACUUGGCCUGAUGCUGAAUGGGCCACUUGGGACAGAAAGUGACUUGCUCCAGACAAGAAGUGACCAGGCCUGGACAGAAAUGGCCUGGGAAGAGUGGCAGAAGCAGUGCAGCAGGAACUGGAAGUGCCUUCAUCCAGGACAGGAAGUAGCACUUCUGAAACAGGAAGUGGUGUCUGGCUGGAACUCCAAGUGGCUUAGUCUGGGGAUUUGGGAGGGGUGGGAGGUGGAUGGUUCUUACCCUGUGGAGAAGGGGGACAGAACUCCCUGUUUCAGGAGGAAGCUGGAACUUAAUAACUGUGAGAGGACAGAGGCGGACUGAACUUUCCUAGUAUUCAGUGGCACUUCCCCCCCAACCCCCGAAAUCUCCCUUCCCUUGUGCUCUGUGUGAUUUUAGGACAGCUAAGAUGACUGCCAUCUUUGGUGGCAGGCCCAGUUUGUCUUGUUCUUCCCUUCCUGUACCCCAGUAUAAUCUCCGUUGAUCAACAGGACUACCCCCAAGAGCCCAUGUUCUUCUCCCCCAGUGACUACAUGGCUGUCUUGUUCAUCCUAUUCUCCCUUCAAAUUCAAGCAGCUCCCUUUUUAGUGACCAAAAUGGUGGCCUGCCAACUGGUCUAGCUGACAGUGGUACUUAGCAAGGGCCUCUGUUUUUAUAGUGACCAGCCUAUACCUCUUCCUGCUCUCUAGUGCACAAUCAGCUGUUGCCUCAGUUUCCUCCCAGCUCAAUUUUAUUAGCUCAAAGCUGCCCUUGGGCAUCAAGUUGGCCACCUCAAUCACCAGCCAAGACGGUUGCUUUGUCUACCAGAGAUCAAAUCAUCUCUCUGGUGCUGUAGUUCCCAGCUCCUUCCGGGGAACAGGAAGUUGAUAUUGCCAUGGGGGAGGUGGCGGGGUACGGCCGUCACCUCGAUAGUUUUACUGUAAAAGGGAAAUUUGAACAACAAAAACAAACAAACAAAAAAGAAAUAAAAAAACUAAAAAAUGUU